GACCGGGGUGGCUAGAGAGAGAGAAAGAGAGAGAAUCGUGCUUCGCGGAUACGGCCGCACACGCACGCACGCACGUAUCGUAGCGCGCUACGAGUACGCACGAGACAGCCGAGCGAGCGAGAAACGAGUGAGAGAGAAAGAGAAAGAGAGAAAGAACGAGUGAGUGAGUAUGCCGGUCGUAUGCUGCAACGCCGGCGAGGAAGUGAUCGUGUCAUUCAGCGUCAAGGCUCCGCGCGCGUCCUCGACUAUCCCGCGGAUCGCAUCCCCGGCGCAUUCCGGAACGUUCUUCGUCUCGUGAAAGUGUGGUUAGAAUUGCGUUUUUUGUUCGCCCGGCCGCGCCAUCUGUCGUCGCGUCAAUCUGACAGAGGCGACGGCGGUCGUGCGCUCAGUUACGGUGAAGGCGAUUGGAGCUCGUGUGCCUCCACGGUGGAGACGGGCGAUCGGCUGUUUACAAGCGCGUACGAGCCACGAAACGUGUUCAGCGCCGUGGCGCACGUCCCUUAGCUCGCCGUGGACGAUUGUCGGCGGCGUCCAGGCCGAGAAGUUCGCGAACGGCCGGCUCAUCGCUCAUCCUCCGUCACGUAGCUGGCUGGCGAACGGCCGACAUGGCGGCGCGCCGAUGAACCAAUCGCAGCGCCGCUCUCACCGGCCUCAACCAACGACCGACGACGACGACUACGUCGCCAUCGUGCGGCCAGAGACGCUUCCGCCGCGUCGUCACUCACUUGCCGUCGAAUUCGACGGGCGGUUUUUUUCGCGCACGCUGCGCCCGAGAGAUUCACGUACGAAGGUGAGCUUCCGCGACGAGACCAGCGGUAACGGUCGCCGGGCGGAGGUGCGCCCGUGCUAAGCACGCGCAUACAUACACACACACACACACACACGCACCACCACACGCACGGACGCGCGCGCGCGCGGAAUCCCGGUCCGCGUCGCGGCCGAUUGUGUUUGGUCACGUGACCGUGGGGCUACCGUGGGCCGAGAAAUGGCGCAAAGAUCGGAGUGCGGACACGGGAUCCAUUUCGUUGCCGCGGCGAUGUCACUCGUGUUUGUUUACAAGCGCGCGAGCACGCGCGCCACGUGCUGAACAGUGAGGAGGCGGCGGCGAGGAGAGGCGCGGAGAGGACGGGAGAGGAGAAGAGAGUAGGGUAAAGUAGAACGGACGAGGAAAUAGGCGAAGAGAGGAGAGGAGGAGAAGCGUGCGAGAUCGGCAGGUAGGCUCUCCUCGGAGUAGAGAGCGAGCGAGUGAGCGAGAGAGAGAGAGUGAGAGAGAUAGAUAGAUAGAGAGAGGGGGAGGGCGAGUGACACACGGAGGCCCCACGAGGACCGUGGGUGCUCGAGAAAGGAGGUUGGCGGCGAGCACGACCACGGGGACGACCACGUCGGCCGCAACGGACGACAACAAUGACGGGGAGAGGCUCGAAGAGACGGGGGCGGCCGCCCAAGUCUGUGGUGAUGGAGCGGCCGAAGAAGUUUCAGUAUCACCUCAUGAAGAAGCCCAAAUACCUGCAGAACCGGACAGUAAGCGGUGCUGAGACACCGGGUUCGCAGCCGAGCACGCCCACGGCGUCGCGGCCGACCUCGCCAUCGGUGGAGAGUGAGGAGAACAGCAACAAGCGCAGCACACGGACGCGGAAGUCGCGCAGCCAACGCGACCGGCAUUCCCGCAAGGGCGGUCACAGCGGGUCUGGUGGUGGUGGUGGCGGUGCUUACCAGCGGCGUGGCUACAACCCCAAUGUGGACUACGGUGACUCGGAGUAUCAUUACGGCUCCGACUUCGGUGACGAGUCGAGCGAGAAGAGCGAGCCCGAGGAGGAGCUGCAGAGCGACGUCGAUUCCUCUGAGAGUAUGGAGGAACCGGAUCCGUCGAGCGACAGCGAUUUCUCCCUGUCCAGUUACAGCACCACCAGCGGCACACCGCGCAAGGCUCUGCUCAUCCAGCAAAGACCACCUAGUCCGGAGCCGUUGUGGCUGCAGAACCGGGAUCUGCCAUCGUUGAUCCUGCCCAAGUCCUCCGACGACCUGCUGGUGCCCAAGGAGCUAGUGAUGCCGUCGUUGUCCGUCUACGAAGUGUUCCGCCACUACCGCACCCUCGUGCGACUAUCUUCCUUUCGCUUCGAGGACUUUUGCGCAGCCCUCAUGUGUGAGGACCAGACCAACCUGUUGGCUGAGAUUCACAUCAUGCUGAUCAAGGCGCUACUGAGAGAAGAGGACUCGCAGCAGACCCAUUUCGGGCCGUUGGAUCAGAAAGACUCGGUGAACGUCAGCUUGUACUUCGUCGACUCCAUGACUUGGCCGGAGGUGUUGCGCUCUUACGUGGAAAGCGACAAGAGCUACGAUCAGAGUAUUCUGCAAAUACUCACCACCACUGAGUAUCCGUUUACUGCCAUUGAAGACAGAAUUAAGGUUCUGCAGUUCUUGACAGAUCAGUUUUUAAUCACCAAUCCGGUGAGGGAGGAUCUGUUGCAUGAAGGGAGUAUGCACUACGACGACCAUUGUCGAGUGUGUCACCGUUUGGGUGAUCUGUUGUGCUGCGAGACCUGUCCGGCGGUGUUUCACUUGGAAUGCGUCGAACCACCGCUAGUGGAUGUGCCCACCGAGGAUUGGCAAUGCAGCACGUGCAAGGCGCACAAAGUGACAGGUGUCGUGGAUUGUAUCCCCGACGUCGAGAAGAACGGAUCGUUGUGUAGGCAGGAGCACUUAGGAUUCGACAGACACGGCAGAAAGUAUUGGUUUCUCGCGAGGAGAGUCUUCGUCGAGAGCGAAGAUGGCGAAGUGUGGUAUUACAGCACGUCGUUGCAACUGGAGGAACUGAUGCUCGUGUUGGAUCAGAACGAAAUGGAAGUCGCGCUUUGUCGCGAGUUAUCGGACUACAAGGACGAAAUUGUCCGCCAAAUGGACCUCACGGAAUCCAUCACGAAUCAGUUUAAGGGAAACAAAAAGUCGUAUCUGGAAGUAGAAAAUGGCAACAUCCAGAAAAUACAGAAGGAACGACAUGAGAAGCAGGAGAAAGAGGAGGAAGAGAAGAAAGAGAAACAGAGGCAGGAAGCCGAGGAGAUGAUACGCAGGAUGCACGAGGAUACAGAUUCCCUCGAAGGUCGCCUGGCAGCUGUGACGGAGCAACAGAAAGACUCGAAGACGCCGGCAACGGCCGAUGAGUCGACUGUGCAAGUACCUGAUGUGGUCAGUGAAACUGUCGAGGUUGAUGCGGACACGUCGGCCUCGGUGAUCAUGACGCCGAGCACGGACAAGGCCGCGAAGACCAGCACUUCCACAUCGUCGUCCGAAGAUGUCGACGAAGAGAUGUUGGAAGGUGAGGAAGGCAUCACAAAGAUCGGCAAGGACGGUAAGAAACACACGAUCGUGACGAGAUCGAAGACUGGUUCGCUACAGCCGCGCACCUUCAACAUGGACGACCUGAAACGACGCAGCACGGCGCCGUUGUCGAAGGAGGAGCUUGAGAAGCUGGACAAGAGCGCGAAGGACAACACCGCCGAGGCCGACGGUAGCACGCGGCUGACCCGGCAGAAGGCCCACCAGAUCGCCUCCGGCACACAUCUGUUCAAGCUGGGCAUGGACAACAACUUCAAGACCUACGUGAACCAGUACAGCACGAAUCCGAUCGCCCUGAACAAGAUGCAGCGGAACGAGGAGCGCGACAAGAAGCGUCACCUGUCGCACAAGUUCUCCCUCACGCAAGCGUCCGAAUUCAAGUGGGUGGGAAGUUUGACCGGCACACGCGCCUUGUUGGUCAGCACCCUGCGUCAGACAAUACUGCAGCUCGAAAGCAACAUCCAGGCGCCGUUCAUGCACUCGAACUGGCCGCUGCUGCGGAAACCGUGGACUUCGGCAGUCGGCGCCUGCGUGAAUCCCCGCGACUUCGCGCGCGCUCUCAUCGUGCUGCAGGCGUGUAUCAAGUCCGUAGUGUUCGCCAGCGUCUGGCACGACCAACUUGGCCACGUGAAGCUGCAACGCGUGACCGCCACCGAGCGUGAGGAGAAGAAGCGACAGGACAAGAAGGAGAAGAAGGAGAAAGAGGACGAGGAGGAGCGCAACCGGUUGUUCAACUUCGUCAAAUACACCCUCGGCCUCAAGCAUCAGGUGUGGAAGCAGAAGGGCGAAGAGUACCGGGUGCACGGUCAAGGCGGCUGGCUCUGGGUGUCGGCCAGUCGUCGUUACCGCUACUCCGAGAUGUCGAAGCACGGCCUGCGCGCCGGCCCGCAGAAGAUCAUGGUGCAGAUACGCGAUCAGACCGGCGUCAAGAUGCUCGCGCUCGAUCCGUCCACCUACGAGUUCCUCAUGCGGGAUUAUUGCCCUUCCAACACGGAGAACAGCGUCGUGAAGCAGGAAAUCAAGGACGAGAAAAAGGAGAACGGCGACGCGGGUAACGCGAUCAAGCAAGAGUUCAAGGUCGACGGUAUGAAAAAGGAGCCUACUGUGACCGACGACGAUGCAGCGAGUUCUUCUCCAGCUGCCUCCUCCUCCUCCUCCUCGGUGCCGUCGGUGAAAACGGAACCCCAGUCGAUCAAGCAAGAGACGAAGACGAAUCUGCCGCUUUUAGCCGGUGUGAAAAUCGAGAAAGUUUACACUCCGAUCACCGAGUUCGACGAGCUCGACAUCACCAAGGCGCUAACCACCACGGGAAGGCUGUAUUACCCGAAAAUUGCCAAGAAGACGAGGAUCGACGAUUUCUUGGCGCGUAGAACGCAUUUGAAGACCUUAGAGGAGAGGAAAUUGCUACAGUCUGAAAAAUCCAAGGAACUCGCGAGUCAAGCGUCGAGUCAGAAGGCGAGCGCCGACGGCGACACCGAGGGUGGCGACGUGGAGAAUCACGCGGAGAACGCGGUCGGCGGCGGAGAAGGCACCCUGCAGGGUCUGUUGAGCGACAAGUCGUCGGCGAACAAGACCGUCGUCUCCUCGUCGACGAAGGAGAUAUUGCCGACGAUCAACAAGCACAUUCAGCAACUGCGCGCUCGGUACGCGGAGCUGUUGAAGGUCUGCAAGGACAUGAGCUGUUAUUCGCGCUACUGCAACAUGACGCCGUCGGCGAAGAACAACGUCGCGGUGACGAAGGGCUCCGCAUGCAGCUGUUACUCACCGCUGUGUAUGGAGAAGGCGCGACUGAAGAGCGACAUAAUCGUGUUACUGCGCAAGGCGAACGCUUUGAACAACAAUCAGUCCCUCGCUGUCAACACGUCGUCCUCGUCGCCGCAGAGCGUCGUGAAGACUGAGGCCGUCGAGGAGCCGAAAGACACGGUCAAGCGCGACCUGGAAUCUGCGCUGGUGACUCAGUACGAGAAGAAGUUGAAGCGCUCCGUUAGUCCGCACACGAAGCUCGUCAGUCCGCUCAAGGUGAGCCCAAGCGCGGAGGACACGAUGGUCGACGUGAUGACCACGACGACGACCACGACCAGCAACAUCUCGGUCGUUACGACGACGACGACGACGACGACGACAACGACAUCGAUGAAGAGCGCGAAUGGCGUGGUGCAGCAGGAGCGUUCGACGACUCGCAAUUCCGUCACGGUCUCCUCCACGGAGACCAACAUGAUCAGCGACACGACGAGCAACGGCUUGAAGACGAAGGUGAUAGUGAACCGCCGGGGUAGGACCGUGCAACGGUGCGCGUACCGCAAAGAGUUGAACGCGGACGGCAGCGAGAAGAUCUACACGGCUACGUCGACGCAAGGCAGGAUCUACCUGAAGAAGAUGGCGAUGACCGAGCGGAAGAAGAAGCGCACGCCGGUCAAGUAUCCUCUCUGCUCCACAUUCUGCACGAAGAACAAGCAUCGCAGCAUACUGGUGUUGCCGCAGCACGAGCUGAGGAAGCUGUCGCGGAUGGGCGGCCGUAUGCCGGUGCAAGGCUUCCACCAUCAGGCCAAGGCGAACCUGUCGGUCUGGCCGUACCCUUGUCCGAGGCCGCUCUUCAAGACUUGCUGGCUGUACCGCACGGUCGGCCUCAAGUCCUUGGCCGCCGCCGCGAUCCAAUUGCGCAUACUUUGGUCGUGUCUGCGGUGGGACGACAUGGCCGCCAAGCCACUCUCGUCUGACGGCAAGAGCCAAAUCACCACCGACACGGAGCUCGUCACCCUCGAGAUACUCGAGCAUCGCCAUGUCGGACAGUUCCUGGAUCGCACCCAAUACAUGCGCCGUAAAGUUGUAAUACCGCUGGAACUGCCGAAGCAGGUUCGAGAAGUGACGUCCAUACGAAGCGGUCUGAGGAAACGAAAGCGUCCGGAAUCGCCGCAGAGCACCGAGCCGCAAGUCACCGUGGAGUGGGUCGACGAGGACAAACUGGAGCUGUGGGAGAUCAAGCAGUACGGCGACAGGUUAGAGAAGGCUAAUGCCCAGAUUAUUACUAGGAGUCGUUCGGGAGUGCCUCAGCCGGUAAUCGUGAGCGGUAGCAGAACGUCUUCGACCACCUCGAGCACGACCGGUCUGGGCGAUCAGCUUGUGAGCGGGAAAGCGACGCCGGAGGAGAUCAAGGAGAAGAUGGAGCAGCAGCUGCGCAUGCAGCGGGCGGCUCAUCAGCAGAAACGUGCCCUGGAAACCCUCAAGAGCCCCGCAAAUUCAACCUCGCCGUCCGCUCAACUGGUGAAAGUUACGGCGAAUUCCUCUCACGACGGCACAGUUAAGUUGGUCUCGAAAGUCGCGAUACCCGCGAGUCCAAACAGCGGGGCAAAGUCGCAGUUAACUUCUCUUCUCACCACCCCCACGCAGACCAAAAUCCUCGGGACGCGGCGGAUUUACAUGACAAAGUCGGCUGAUGGAACGACCAAAGUGGUGUCUGGCCCCACCAGCAUCUUGCCGAAAACAUCGCAGGGUCAGGCGUCGAAUCAGCUGCAGUCUCUGAUCAGAGUGGCACCAACGGGUAACUCGCCGGUAGUGCAGCAGAGAGUGCAGAUUCUGAGGGGGCCGGACGGCAAGUUACAGGUGCGCGGCUUGCUGCCUAGCCAGCAAUUGGUUCAGAUGCCAGAUGGAAAGCUGCAUGUGUUGAACGUAAACCCUCAUGGUGGCACUCAUCUCACGCAGUGCAUCACGACGAAUUCGACGACGCCUACGACCACCUUACAGGCAAAGACCGUGGCUAGCACGCCCAAGACGGUAUCUUCAGAAAACACCCCGACCAAGACCAGUCCGGUUAAAGCUACAACGAACUCGACGCAACAAGCGCAAACGCCACAGCAGGUGCAAGUUGUGCAGGCCGUUCAGCGCGUUAAAGGCGCGGCCGUGGCAUUGGCACCUGGCACGCCGACUAACCAAGCAACGAAGAAUGCCAUAGUGGUCGCCAAUCCCGGACAAACCGCACAGAUGAUAUCCACCGGCGGACAAGUGAUAAGCGGCAAUCAGAUAGUCGUGACGAAUGCGAACUUGGUGCAACAAUUGGCGACUGGUAAGGCCCAGUUGACAACGAUUGGCGGCCAUCAGGUUGUGAUACGCGGCACACCCACGGGAAAUCAGAUCGUUCAUCUUAACUCGGCGAACAGCGGUAUCAUUGUGAAAGGAGCCGUUACACCCACUAAACAACAGCAAGUUUUGCAAACUACGCAAACUUCAACGGCGGCUCAAUCAACCGCAAGCACGAACGCGAGCGCGACGACGACCACCGCGACUUCCGCCGCUUCAUUGACGACGACAACAAGCCAGAAUUCUGCUUCAAACACAGCUCCACCUCAGGGGAGCGUAGAGGCAUCCUUGCUAGCUGGUCAGCCGCCCGGCACGGUGAUCAAAUGCGUGACAGCGCAAAUUCAGAUGACUGAGGGUCCGCGAAUUGUGCUGCAAGGUCUACAGGGUGCCGAGUUUACGUCGCAACAGUUGGCUAUGGUUCAGCAGCAAGUGAAACAGCAACUUCUUAAAGCACAUGCGACAACCGGCAAGCAAGGCGUCUUGGGCCCUACAAAAAUUUAUUUAGCCGUUCAGCCAGUUCAGUCAUCCAACAAUCAACAACAGCAACAAGCUCAGACUUCCCAAGCUUCGUCGACGGCAACUGUUGCCACGACGUCAAGUCCAAAACAACAGCAGCAACAGUCUGUAAUUUGUUCACCACCUGUCACUGAAUCACAAGGAUCCACGGAAACCAUUCCAGAACUUUCCCAGGUAGUAGCGACAAAGUCGGCAGACAAACCUAAAGUAGUCGUGCAACAAGUAGGACGUGUAACGAACGCGACUGAGGAUGAGACGCAAAAAGCGAGCAUAGCCAAUGGUCAACAACCAUCGUCGCAAAAGGACGGAAACGACUCGUCGACGAAUAAAUUCAUACUUACGCCGGACUACAUUCAGCAGACGAUUAAAAACGCGUUGAAACAAGAGAACCUCAAUCCCGAGAUAGAGGAGAAGCUGUUACAGCUGCAACGGUAUCAGGAGAAGCAGAUGAAAGGUAGCGGCGUGGAGAAUUCGGUGGCUGGUAAUCAGACUCACAACUCGCCGGCCGCGACGACGCCGCGCCCGCCGUCGCGCAAACGGCCGGCGCCCUCGAACAUUCCAGCGGCGGCGACGACGGCGACGACGACGCCUACGAGCGCGCAAUCGUCCGGCGACGACAAAGACGACAAAGACUGGGUGGAGACACCACCCAGGAAAAGACCGGCGCCGAAGCAAGAAAAUCGCGAGACACCAAAGGUGCCGAAGCUGUCAGAGGCAUUGGACAACGAGACGUCGCCCAAGAACCGAUCUGCGAAACAGAAGGACAGCCAAGAGCAGCGAAGAAAACAGCAGGUGCAUUCGCGAAUGCAGGUUUUGUUGUUCCGUCACAAAGAGCUUCUCAAAAAGGACAUCCUCAAAAAAAGAGCCUUGCUCGAGAAAGAGCUCCAAAUCGACAUACAGAAGGACCUGUCCGCGGAGCUCGCCACCAGGACGAAGGCAGAGAGGCACAAGCAGGAUGAGGUGAAGGUCGGUAGCGCGAAACGCAAGGCGAACGCUCAAGUGGCGCAACAAGUGAGCCCGUCGUCCAAUCGGAGUAGCGGUGGCAGCAGCAGGCCGAAGAAGCAUAAGGCGCAAGGUAACAGCGCGACGCCGCCCGGAGGUUCCUCGGCCGCCGCGACCCGCAUCAAGAAGGAGAAGCUGUAUUGCUUGUGCAGAACCCCCUACGACGAGACCAAAUUUUACGUGGGCUGUGAUCUGUGUAAUAAUUGGUUCCACGGUGACUGUGUGGGCAUCACAGAGGAAAUGAGCAAGUCUUUGUCAGAAUUCGUGUGCACCGAAUGCAGACACGCGAGGGACACGCAAGAACUGUAUUGCCUGUGUAAACAGCCCUACGACGAAUCUCAAUUUUACAUAUGCUGUGACAAAUGUCAAGACUGGUUUCAUGGCCGGUGCGUCGGCAUUCUUCAGUCAGAGGCAGACAAUAUCGACGAAUAUGUGUGUCCAAAUUGCCAACGGAAUUCCUCUGUUAAUUUCGCUAACAUGAAGAAUCUAAAUGCGAAGGACCUUGACCUUUUGAAAAAAUUAAUCAAACAGAUACAGGCUCAUAAAAGUGCAUGGCCAUUUAUGGAACCUGUGGAUCCCAAUGAAGCACCCGAUUACUACAAAGUGAUAAAGGAACCAAUGGACUUGCAAACCAUUGAGUUGAGGAUAAAUGACCGUUCAUACAAGAAGUUGAGCGAAUUCAUCGGUGAUAUGACAAAGAUAUUCGACAAUUGCCGCUACUACAAUCCGAAGGAGUCGCCGUUCUUCAAGUGUGCUGAAUCCCUCGAGACUUACUUCGUACAUAAAAUUAAGAGUCUUAGGGAGAAGUUCUCCGAGGGAAAGUAGGCCGCAACGCAAAUGGGACAUUGUGUGAAAAAAAAAAAGAAUGAAAGAAACUGUAAAACUUCGAAUCGAAGUGAUGAAAAUGAAAUGUGCACGAGAGAGGAGGAAUAUUGAUACAUACUGAUUUAGUGCAGUGCCCUUCGGUGCGGAGAACGCGGACGAAAAGAAGAGGAAGACGGACGCGUCGGUUUGUGCCAGUACACGUAGACAAAUCGAGAAAAAGAAAAGGGGGAGGAAAAAGAAACUGAGACUCUUGGGAUUAGACUUAAGUGUGUAUUAAAAAUAAGAAUGCGCGUGCGCACCGGUCUCCGCUA